AUGGCCAUCGAAGCGCUUCCGCAGACCACGGUCAGGGCGUUGGGAGCCACUCAGGUACUGACUGAUCCAGCGGCUGUAGUCAAGGAGCUCAUUGACAAUGCACUCGAUGCGAAAGCUACGUCAAUCGCGAUUGAGAUCCACAGCAACACCCUUGACAUCAUCCAACUUCGAGACAACGGCCAUGGCAUUGCACCUGAGGAUCGUCCGCUGGUGGCGAGACGGUAUUGCACAAGCAAGUUGUCCCACGACGAUGAGCUGAAAGACAUUGGCGGCUCUUCCCUUGGCUUUCGAGGCGAGGCACUCGCAAGUGCUGCUGAGCUGAGCGGCACACUCACCAUCAGCACCCGCAUCGAGGGCGAGCAAGUGGCGGCAGUGCUGAAGAUCAACCAGCUCGGCGAGGUUGCUAGUCAGGAACGAGGAUCGCUACCCAUCGGCACUACCGUCAGGAUCACGGACUUCAUCAAGGCGAACCCUGUCAGGCGACAGGUCUGCUUGAAGAACUCGGACAUCACUUUGAAGAAGAUCAAGCGCACCCUCCAAGCUUAUGCCUUCGCUCGACCAAACGUCAGGCUAGCAUUGCGUGUGCUCAAAGCGAAGAACAGCAAAGGUGACUGGAUGUAUGCUCCGAAACCCAAUGGCAACGCAGAGGAUGCCGCUUUCAAGAUCGUAGGCGCGGCAUGUGCUUCGCAAUGCACAUGGUCUGUUCUCGAACAUGAAAGCUUCACGUUCGAGGCCUUCCUCCCACGUCCAGACAGCGACCCUGGUAAGGUCAAGAACAUCGGCUCCUUUGUGUCUCUCGAUCGUCGUCCAGUCUCAACCGCAAGGAAUACUUUCAAGCAGACUGCAAAGAUCUUCAAAGAAGCGCUCAAGAGCUCGAACACGCACUUUGCUGACAUCAAGGAUCCGUUCCUGUAUCUGAACAUCGACUGUCCAGUCGCUAGCUACGAUGCUAAUCUGGAGCCGGCCAAGGACGACGUCUUGUUUGAGGAUCCAGGCAAGGUAAUCGAAGUGGCUAGGCUGCUAUUCGCGGCAGUCUACACCCCAGCCGUCGAGUCAGAGAGAGCACAGGACCAGAACGCUCAAGAACCUGAAAUCCCGACGCAACAUGCUGGAAUGCUCGAUGAUGGAUUUACCACGUUGUUUGAUCAACAGCCAGAAGAACAGCACAAUAACGAAGUUACUCAGCAUGAUGGUCUGCCGAUUGCUGGUGAAGAAUUUUCAAUCCUGCUAGCAACACUCAAUCAAGAGGCUCUUGAUGAAGGGGCUGAGCAGCCAAGGAGAACGUUCCGAUCCAACAUGUAUGGCUGCGACGAAGAAGAUCUGGAUCAUGUCGAUGAUCGCCCACCUACUGCGCAGAUGGAGGCUGACCUGGAAGAGCUUCGGCAAGCAAGGAACGAUGUCAAUGCCUCAAACCCAUGGGUACUUGCGAAACUGAACUCCUCAACGCGGAAAUCCUUCGGACAGGAACAUGGUGAAUCGACUACGCCUCAAGCUUUUACUAGCAUCAAUCUCUCCAGUCCACCGUCGAAGCGCCCAGCAGGACCCAACUGUAUUUCAGGCCUUCCAACGCCUCGGCCGUCAUCUCCUCCACUGAAUGCAGAAGGGUUUCAUCCAUCGAACCAUGUGCCUGACUUCCGCUUAGCCAGAGACGGCCGCGUGAUCGGAUCGUCAUCUUUACCUCCACCACAGCUUUAUACGCCGAUGCCAUCUAGCGAUGUUCGAGCUGUGGAGGAUGAGCCAUCGUCUCUUUCGCGACGAGGACGACUAGAGGAGUAUGACCUAGGUCCGCACGACCCGAGUGGCACUCCACUGGAAGCAAUACCGGAUGUCAGCGCGAAGCGGCGCCGGCCAAGGGAGCAGCCUGGACACGGAGGCGUCAACAAACCCUUCGUGCCUCCGAUGAAGAGCCGGCAGCCUGCUGAGCAGGUUUGGUUCGAUCAUCUUCAGGACGUGGACAAUCCACGACCACCUGCGAGCAGCAAGCGAAGGCGCCAGAACGUGGAUGUUCCUGGCCUUGUGUCUCAAGGCGAGCUCGGUGAUCUUGUUGAUGAUCCAAGACCGAUGACUCCACCACGACGCAAUCGCGACAUUCGUGACUUUGCGCAGCGACAUGCAACGGACUCUGUCGCUGCUAUGGUUGAGGGACGAAACUACGGACGUGCUGAAGCUGCAGCUCCAGCUCAAGAGAACCAGACUACACCUCAUCCUCGCGAGACCGGUCUCCUACAGCGUCGCGGCUUCAUGCCCGCGAGUGAACUUGCUAAUCUUGAAGCACAUCUCGGAUCACCAGAGAAGCCAUCAGUAUCUAAGGCCAAGCGCCGCAAGACCGGUGAGAGGCCAGCUCUGCAAGAGCUUGAGCCUAAUGCUCCAACAUCGAACGCUACUCGCGAUGAUGUUGAUGAGGAGUGGCGACCUGCUGGAAAUGACCGAGCACCCUCACGCCGAAAGAGUUCGGGAAAGCUGGGUCGCACGAAAUCGUCAAAGCUUCCACUGGAACGUGUCCCUGCUGGCCAAGGUACACACAACCUUCUCUACAACAAUAAGCUAUCUCUGACGGGCAUAUCGCGUCUCGCCGGCAAGCUCGACGAAAACACCUCGUUACUCGGUUACAACCAGCCAGCACUCGACCCACCUGGCAUAUUCCAGUCCGGAACGCUGAACAUACACGAUCUUACGAACAGUCUUCACGACCUCCUCAUCAAGGCAGGUUCUGAUGGCGAGCCUCCUGCUCUAGACAGUCUGUUCAAGGAACUGCAAGCUGCUUUUUCACGGCACGAUACGACAGGGAUUGAGGACGAGGUUAUGUCCUCUGCAUAA